CAGUAGUAUAACCUUUAUAGUAUCAAAACCUUUUAUUAGCAAUGAUUUUAGACUAAAAAAAAACCUUUAGAGUGUAUCACAGUUCUUCUUAAAUAUGAAAUUCAACAGAGAAAACACAGAACGUUUUUCAGUGAGAGAGUUAUUCUGUCUGGUUUGUUGUCCACCGCUGCCAUCUAAAAUUGUUGCCAAGAUAGCUUUCAAACCUCCAGAACCAUCAUACGUCUUCGCCAGCGAUAGUUCACGAAAUAACAGGAUCACUUUUUUGGAAAGUGAUAUCAACAUAGCCAACUGCGAUAGAGACAACUUAGAAUGCUUCUUUGCCAGGACAUCAAGGGGAAAUCGUAUAGCUUGUAUGUUUGUCAAGCGCUGCCCCUUGGCUCGAUACACCAUUCUGUUUUCACAUGGCAACGCCUCUGACAUCGGUCUCAUGUACCCUUUCUUCCUGGACCUGUGCAACAAGGUGUGUUGCAACGUCUUCGGCUACGAUUACUCCGGGUACGGCGUCAGUACAGGACGACCCUCUGAAAAGAAUAUGUACGCUGACAUAGAUUGUGUUUGGCGCAUCUUAAUUUCGCGCUAUAACAUUCGCCCAGAAAAUAUAAUUCUCUAUGGACAGAGCCUGGGUUCAGUUCCAACGGUGGAUCUGGCGGCUCGAAGAAAGGUCGGCGCAGUCGUCCUCCAUUCUCCAAUACUGUCUGCUCUGAGGGUCGUCUAUCCGCAAAUGAAAAAGACCUGGUGCUGCGACAGUUUCCUCAACAUCGAAAAAGUAGAGAACAUAUCCUCUCCCGUUCUCGUUAUUCAUGGCAACAAUGAUGAAACCGUACCCUUCUCCCACGGAGUCACCUUGUUCGAGAAGUGUCCGUGUUCUGUCAAUCCACUGUGGGUGUGCGGAGCCGGGCAUAACACGGUCGAAUUUCAUGAUGUAUAUUUGGAGCGGUUAAAGAACUUUGUCCACAUCGAUCUAAAGAAUUUCGAUUGAUAAUUUUCCGAGACAAGCGUGAAAGAACUAGUCGUUUACAUAGUCUAAUUCUCCAAAAUUAGUUUUUAUUAAAACAUUUUUUUCAUCAUAUAUUUUUGUUUUUACCUUUAGUGUUUUUAAACUUUAGGAUUAUUCGGUUAAAGUUUGUAUGUAAUUUCGUUCCAAACAAGUUUUCAGCUGUCAAGGUUAAUUUAAAGGUUUCCAUAACAUGGAGGCUCUCUUAUAUGCCUACAUGCAC